GUCUUCGACCCCCUUCCCGUAUAUUCUCUGUCAACACCUCCGAGACGUCUACAAUCGCUCGUUUUCGCCCUCGAGCGCCGCAACCAGCUGCCCUCGCGGAGAUUAUUAUCGAAUCGACUCGGGACGCUAUCGAUAAGGCGUUGAGCGGGCCUAGCGGGGCAGCCUGACGGUCAUCCACGGGCGUCGAAUUUUCCCCUGUCCUUUCUCCUCCCUCCACGGCAACCCUCGCCAUCGCCUUUUCCACAGCCAGAACAACAUGGUGUCCGCCUCGAAAGCCGCCCGCCAGGCCAAGCGCGCCGCCGAGGGCAAGGACUCCAAGAAGAAGACGGCCGCCUCCAAGGUCUCCUCCAAGGCGGCCUCAAAGAACGCCUCCGAGGCGUCGUCCGUCAACGGCGACGAUGCCCCGCUCAGGGACGCCGACGACCUGGAUAUGAACGAGGAGGUGCAGAAGCUCACGCUGCAGGAAGACGCGCACGGCCUGUCGGACCGCGUGACAACGGGUGUGCUCGCGUCGCUCGAAACCUCCCGCGACGUCAAGAUCACGUCUGCCUCGCUCGUCUUCCACGGCCGCGUCCUCUUCAACGACACCACCAUCGAGGUCAACUACGGUCGCCGCUAUGGCCUGCUGGGCGAGAACGGCUGCGGCAAGUCGACGCUGCUCAAGGCCAUCGACAAGCGCGAGUUCCCCUUCCCCGAGCAUGUGGAUAUCUACCUGUUGGACAAGGGCGCCCCCGCCACCGAGCUUGGCGCCCUGGAGUGGGUCGUGAAAGAGGCGGAGAACGAGCUUGCCCGCCUGGAGAAGCUGGCCGAGGAUAUCCUCGAGAAGGAGGGUCCAGAGAGCCCCCUGUUGGAGGAGAUCUAUGAGCGGCAAGAGAGCAUGGAUCCGUCCACCUUCCACACGCGAGCAUCGCUCAUCCUCACUGGUCUCGGUUUCAACAAGAAGACCAUCAACAAAAAGACAAAAGACAUGUCCGGUGGCUGGCGCAUGCGAGUUGCGCUAGGCAAGGCCCUCUUCGUCAAGCCUUCACUUCUCCUGCUCGACGAUCCGACGGCCCAUUUGGACCUGGAGGCGUGCGUGUGGUUGGAAGAAUAUAUGAAGAAGUGGGAUCGCACCCUCAUCCUCGUCUCGCACUCGAUGGACUUCUUGAACGGCGUCUGCACAAACAUGAUCGACAUGCGCAUGAAGCAGCUCAUCUACUACGGCGGCAACUACGACUCGUACAUCAAGACGCGGACCGAGCAGGAGACGAACCAGAUGAAGGCCUACGAGAAGCAGCAGGACGAAAUCAAACACAUCAAGAAGUUCAUAGCUUCGGCUGGUACCUACGCCAACUUGGUCCGACAGGCCAAGUCCCGCCAGAAGAUCCUGGACAAGAUGGAGGCGGACGGCUUCAUCCAGCCCGUCGUCCCCGACCGCGUCUUCACUUUCCGCUUCGCCGAUGUGGAGAAGCUGCCUCCCCCUGUGCUUGCGCUUGACAACGUAACUUUCUCCUACUCGGGAAAGCCAGAGGAUAACCUGUACGAAAACUUGGAUUUCGGUGUUGACAUGGAUUCCCGAACUGCCCUUGUUGGACCCAAUGGUGUUGGCAAAUCGACUCUUCUGCGCAUCUUCACCGGCCAACUCUCACCGACCUCUGGAGCUGUGUCCCGACAUACCCAUCUGAAGCUCGGCAUGUACAGCCAGCACUCCGCGGACCAGCUUGACCUUACCAAGUCGGCGCUCGACUUCGUCCGCGACAAGUACGCUAGCACCAGCCAAGACUAUCAGUACUGGCGACAACAGCUCGGCCGCUACGGCUUGAGCGGUGAUUCGCAGACGGCUAAGAUGGCGACGCUCUCCGAAGGACAGAAGAGCAGAAUCGUGUUCGCUUUGUUGGCGAUCGAGGGUCCGAAUAUGCUGCUUCUUGACGAGCCUACCAACGGCCUGGAUAUCCCGACGAUUGACAGUUUGGCUGACGCCAUCAACGCCUUCAGUGGCGGUGUCGUGGUUGUUUCUCACGACUUCCGAUUGCUCGACAAGAUUGCAAAGCAGAUCAUGGUGUGCGAACACAAGACGGUGCGUCGGUGGGAGGGCAGCAUUGGCGACUACAAGAAGCACCUGCAGAAGAAGAUGUUCGCCUCCGGUGCUAUCUAAGGGGGUGGUAUUGUGGUUCCUAGAAAUUGCAUGCAUUUCCCAGCUACGGGAUAAGAGUGCGAGCUAAAAGCGGUUGCUUCAGCGCGGAGCCGGAGACGUCUACAGGAAGAAGGCAGCGCGUCCGGUCCUGCUUCAGAGCUUUUCUGCAUGCGUAGAGGCAUCUGGAUUCUUGCGUUUUAUGAUGCAUUGGGGGACCUAGAGGCGUUCAUAGAUGUGCGGUUUGAGGCCA